GUGUACGGGAACAGUUGGAAAGCGUGGUUUAGUGUAUUUGCAGCGUUUUGGUGCCAUUUUUUGCCCGGUUUUUACCGUAAAUGGGAUUUUUAGCCCGUUAAACUCUUCUCUGAAUAUCUUUUAUUGUUUUGAUAAAAAUCUGACUUUUUUCUGAGAUGCCAGCGCCACGAUCUAAGGUAAAUAAUUUAGCACGGUAAUUAGUUGUAAGUUUCAAAAUGUUGUUUACAUCUCUGAAUUCUUUAUACGAGUAAUCGAAUGAUCCGCUUAGACCUUAAACACUAAAAUUAUGUAUUUUUGUUUUAAAGAGUUCAAAGAGUUCUGUAGUUAACAUUUGUAGCAUCUUGCUGACGUUCGUGAUGACUUUCUAGGGUUGUCAGACUACGCAUUCUUUUACAUUGUUUACAAUAAACUUUUAACCAAUAUUGCCGGUAUUUUGAGCUUUUAUUGAAAAGAGCCUUUAAAUCUCUUAGGUGAGGUAUUGGCGUUAUUGCUAAUUCAAAAUCAUAAAUUAAUCUGUAUCGCCAUUGUUAUGUCUAGUAUACAGUAAACAGAUAUCUCCCAUCGGUCCAACUGAAUCAGCAUGGAUUGUCCCGGCAGAUCUCUAGGAUGUUACUGACUUGUUGCUGAUGUUAUCAAUAAUUAUAGUGGUUUUUAAUAAUAUACCGAGUGUGUAUUUUGCUUGGCUUAGUUUUUUGCGCUGAAAAAUAAAUGAUAUCAUGAAAUUUUGUUUGAUCAGUAAUUAGGUCCAAUUAGGUUGACAAAAAUUUGUAAAAAAAAAAAUACAAACUAAAGAAUCAUAAAUUAUUUAUGUUUUUAUCAUUUUUUAAUCCCUACUGUGACAGCUGAGAGCUGGAUUAAUGACUCUUGGGGAUGGAAUACAUGUACUUCAGUUCUUACUUUGUGUACUGCUUGAUCCUCUUUUUUUCUUUGUAUUGUCACAAACUCUUUUCACACAGAGAUACGAAUCAGAGUAUUCUACCCAUUACAAAAAAUUUGAUGCAAGACGUCCAUACACUGUAAAAGGAGAAGUUACAAGAUCACUGAGCUACAGCGACAGUAAUGGCUCAACGCCAAGGGCUGGGCUACAAUCAAGUAAGCUUGGGACCAUUCAUGAACCUCCACUGCAAAGAAAGAGAAUUGUCCCUUAUGAGAAGAACCACAACAUCUUCACAACUUUUACUGUAAAGGAACAAGCAGACAGGGAGUGGCUCAGAAGUGACAGGGAAUCUUACAGAUCUCGCACACCUCCUGGCAGAAGGCGCAGAGAGGUAAAAGGAAAUUUCUGCUCUCAAUACUAUUAUACCCGUACAUGUCAGUUAAAGAAAUGAGUUGUUAAUUUUAUGACUUGCUAGCUGGAAAAAGUUUUGUAUAUCUGAUUUAUAUGUGUAUAGGUUAAGACUAUCACUAAGAUUUCAAGUUUCUUCACAUAUAUAAUAGUAAUUUUUGUUUAAAGGUUGGAUAGUGCUAUUCAAUGGCUAAACCACUAUCCAAUUGAUAAGUAAUCUAAAGGAAACCAAUUACAUUAUCUGCUGGUGGAUAGUGAUUUAUCCAGUACAACCUGGACGCUUAUCUCUGAGCUGUACUGUAGAUAACAAUUAUUAUUCGCUGAAGUGGAGGUGGCUAGUGGUGGAUACUAACAAUUAUUCCUCGAGCCUGAAUGGGCUCUGAGUUAAUAGCCCAUGAGGCCUUUCAUGGGCUAUUGACUCAGAGACCAUGUGGACGAGAGGAGUAAAUUAGUAAAAUCCAACUAGUUGGUCAGAAAUAUCAAGACGAAAUGCGAUUCAGCUGCCAUUGUUUUGGUUUUCAAAGCCGGCGCUUUUCAUUACUCGUGGACUAUAACAUAUAGCCUAGUAGCAGAGCUCUCGCACACGAAGGGCACCAGCAUAGCACCAUGGGUAAGGAAAUGAAGUAAUCUACCCAUCCGAGAAAAUUUGGUAAUCACGUCAUCGUGUACUGACUGCCUACCCGAUAGACUGUCCGUCCGCACCACAGGCAUACCAAUGAAAAAUAACUCAAUCAACAGGUAUGGCAACCCAAAUGCAACUCGAGGUUAUUUUGGUGGGAAAUCGCACAGCCAGAUGCGUCUUGUAAAGCAGAGACAACAAAAGAGUCAAUAAAGACAAAAACGGAAAGUGGAAAUUGUUUCUGUAUCCAUGUUGUCUAAAGUAUUAAGCUUAGAUAAAUUUUCAUGUCCACAAAUUUGGAAUAUAGAGCAAGAGAAAGACAGAGAAAAAGAGAAAGUGGGCGGCAGGCCAGCGAGGCUCAACGAGAAAAAGGGCAACAGGGAUUUAGAGCAAGAGAUAAAAAACAAAGGAGACAUUUUUUAGUUGGAAGAACAACAAGAAGUUUCUGGAAGUUUCACGUUGUAGUCAUGCAAAACAACGGCAAAGAAAUGUACAGAAAAAAGUGCUGCACGUGCAAAGUUGCUUUUGCUAAUUAGACCUAUUGUUGUUUUUCACUGUUUUCCCGCAUUGCAUGCUUUCGCUGCUUAGUAUCACACAAUUUUAUAUUUUGUUUGAACAAACUAUAAAUAUUAUCAAGAGCUUCGCUUUUAGCCCUGGCUAAAUCUAUAUUAGUAGCUCAACCAAUCAGAAUGCAGCAUUGAUAGUAGACCACUAGUUGGAUGUUACUAAAGAUAUAUAUCCACCACUAGCCACAAUGAGGUGAAUGUAAUUAUUAUUGUUUUAAUUAGUAUAUACUAUUAAAAACAGCCGAAUGUUUUCUUGCAAACAAGUAAAACAUUUGAAGGCAUUUGUUUUAAGCCCUUGCAGGGACAUUUCUUGUGUGUUUGAAACCGUUCUGUUAAAAAAGCCCUUUUAAUUUACUUUUAAGCUAAUUUUAAUCAGUGUGUUUUAGGUGAUCAUGUCAGCUGAAUGAAGUAACGCAAGACUUAGUUUGCAUUAUUGUAAACAACAAACUUUUUUCAGUGGUUUCAUUGAUAAAUUCAGAUUAAAGAGACAUAGCUUUACCUGUAAAUACUUCCAAACCAAAUUUUGUCGCCUUGUUUAUGUUGUGGGACUUCUUCGCUUGUUUGUGAAAUUUCUUUAUUUGUUAUGGUAACAAGCCGGAAAGCUGCAGUUUGCUCAUAACUUACGCCAGUUUGGUAUUGCUCAGAGGUAAACAGCACUGGAUAUCCCACGGUUGUCACUAAGAUUUCAAGUUGCCGGGUAAAUUACAACAAGAAGGCGGGGAAUCAAACGGCUAGGGAUUUCUUUUGGUUCUAUUUUUCUUCUAUUUUCCAAUAAAAGAAGCCGGGGGCCACUCUCUUAGUAGCCGGGCAAAAUCCCCGGCCCCUGGCUCUUAAUGACAACCCUGGAUAUCCCAACUUUGAGUGGCCAAUCAGAGUGUGCGAAAAACACUAUCCACUGUCUUAGUUAAUAUUAUACUAAAUAGUGUUAUCCUUCCUUUUGAACAACUGGGGCCUGAUGGUUAACGUGUUGUAAAUUUAGGAGAAGGCCAUAAAGGAAGAAAGGGGCACCAGAGCAAUUGACAGAAGUGAAACGCCAAUCCUUGCAGCAGAGAGAAAAAUCUUCAAGGAGCCACGUGCAGAUAUUCACCGGACAGUUUAUGUACCAGACAGAAUUAAGAGAAAGAGUACAUACAAAGGUGAUUACGUGGACUACAAGAAACAAUCUAAAGCUCCAACUGGGACAAGACAAAACAGCAAGCAGAAGCAACGCCAACAAAGUCCAAAGAAAGUAGUUGGUGGAAAGAAAGAAGGUAAGAAGAUGGAAGAAAAAUUGAUCAAUAUGUCUGAAUGGCUUCUUUGCAAAUCCUUUAGUUUUGAAUUAGGGCUGAAAGAGAUGAAGGGUUUAAGUGGAAAGUAUUACAUGCUUUUGUGUGGACUUUCUUAAAGUCCGUUAAUUUUUUUUCCCUGUUUGGGUGGGCCAUUUUUUACGUUUCUGUCAAAAAUGGUAUAUUAAGAAGAGUAUAAGGCCAGCGAUCAGACCAGUCAGGUCAAAGCCUCAAUCUCUUGUAGAAACUUUGUUGACUAUCGCCCCCUCUGCCCAUUCCUGGGACUUAGCCUUUGCUGUAAAUUAAAGUUAAAUUCAGGUUAAUUUUGUCUCCUGGCUUUUUUAAAAAUAGUCAAGAAUUAUGGUAAGGAGACAAAGAAAAUUGAGAAUAUUAUUAACCACGCUUAAAAGAAAUUAACCUGGACUAAAUAGCCAACAUUUUGCAACCCCACCACUACUGGUUUCCCUUGUGAGGUGAUUUUUGACAAACAAAGAAUUCUGUACUAAUGUCCUGUCACUACUAAGAUCUGGAAAGUGCUUCUGAUUGGUUGAAGCAAAUUUCCCAUGUGGCACAAACAAUCAGAAGCCCUAACCCAGAUCUGGGUAGUAAUAUAUAUCAUCACUCUUGAAGAAAUUCAUUAGGUUAGUAUGUUCAAAUAUCUAUUCAAAUGUUCUUAAAGGAGAGGCCCAAAAGAAAAAUCCUAAUGAUGCUGACAGUUUGGAUAACUGACAGCCAUCUUUAUCAAAACUAAAACGUCACAGGUGUCAGUAGCCCUAAAUAGGCUUCAGAACACUCCUACCAUCAACAGAGAUGAGGGAGCAUACCAGCUAUCUCCUAUAUGGACCCAUGUGAUUUUCACCCCCAACCAGGGGGGAGGGGCAGCCUCGACAGAGUGAUUUUGCACAUUUGUCACAAUUAACUCCUUCAGAAGCCUAUUCAGGGCUACUGAAACCUGUGAUGUUUUAGUUUUGGUAACGAUGGCUGUCAGUCAUCAAAACUGGGCAGCAUCAUUAGGAUUUUUCUUUCAGGCUAUGCUUUAAGAACAUUUUAAUGGAUAAAUUCAUCAUCAGUAUGAAAUUUAUGUGCUUGUUCCUUGUGAAAUGUGGGCUGUUUUCAUCAGGCUAGUCUUGAUUUUGACGUGCAGCUAAGGGCUUUAGAAAUAUAGAAAUAUGUAUUCACUGUAUUUCUAAACACCAGUACUAAACACCAGUCUUGUUUACAUUCUGCACUAGGCACCAGCCCAGACCGCCUGCCUCCAGCUGGCAUUCGCAGAGCAACAAGCAUUGGUGAUACUCGGCUCCUGAAACCUUCCGAUGAUUCCCAGUACAUGAGGUCUCCAGAACGUGAACAAAAGUAAAUUUUUUUUGCUAUCCCUAGUGACUCAUGAGUCAAUUUUGUGCCCUGCACAUUUCAGUGCCUACAUGGGUAACAAAUUAAUAUUGAGCAGAUUUAAGCAAAAAUGCUAUCCAAAGUAUUUUCCAUUUUCAAGGAAAAACUGGUCAGAAUGAAGUAUGUUCACAGCAAUACUGCUAAAUCUCAUUCAAACCAGUAAGAGCUACAAAACUCUUUGACUUUUCUGCCAAAAAUACCUUCAUUCAGUUAUCUUGGAAAGUUGACAUUACUCAAAAGCAGACUGCAAGGUUCGUCAAUUGAGUAUGGCUGGACUAAUGGUAUAGAUUUUUUUCCACGUAUUCCAGCUGGAAUCUGGAUUAAAAAAGAAUAUAACUGAGCAUUUUAUCUGUUUGAGAAGCUUUCAUUAGAGGAUGAACUGUACCAUACUUGAGAUUUCAACCAAAAUUCUCCGUCUUUUCGUUCCAAAAUUAAACGCUCUAGUCGUCCCUCCCAAGUUUAACCGUCCCCUUUUUCUUAUAACCCUGAAUCCGAAGCAAAGAGAUAAAAGGGCUUAUACUGACUUUGCCUUGAGAUUCAAACUUGCAAAGAAAAUGGCUUUUUGUAGCUAACCUACGAUAGGAGUAUACAGUAUUAUGAAAGCCAUUGUUAUGACGUUGAGGUUUCAGAAUAUAGUGGUACAAGGCAAAUAAUUAUGCACAUGUAUUUUUUACUGUCAUUUUAUGUUUUACUGUUUGACUGUUUUAAUCCUCUCUUCAUUUUUCCAGGGUUUUUGACUCGGAGUAUAGUAGCCGCUACACCCAGCCAACAAAAUUCAAAUACGUUGAUGGUUUAUGGAUAGAAACUCCCGUUAAUACUGGUGCAACUUACAACGUAAAGGUUAGCGUGGAAGAAAUGACAGAAAUUGACUACAAAGUACAACAAAAUACUAAUACACACAUGCUCUCUGUUACCAGAAAAAGAAUUAAUAAAGUGAAAAAAAACAACAACAAAAUGAUGAAGAAAACGACAAGAAAAUACAGUGAAAAUAUUACCUCAAGUAAAAUAUAUAUCAUAAUGAUGAUGCAAAAAUAACUGAAGACGUGGCAAAGAAAUAAAUAUAUUAGAAAGCAAAAAAGAUAAGAAUACAAUAUCCACGCCAAUUUAUUGAGCAAUAUUUAUAUUCGUGCGUAUUCAUCCACUAAAAUCGCUUGUUUUCUGCAACAUUUUCAACCUUGUUAGUAUAAUUCUUCUUAUUUGUCAAACUAUCUUCUAACUAGAAACUCGUAUAGCUUUAAAUAAUAAACUUUUAGUUUCGAAUUAUUAUUAUCGUUAUUAUUAUCGUUUAUUCUUAUUUAUUUAUUUAUUUUUAUUGUUACUUUUACUUUAUUAGGACAAGAAGAAAACGCCGGAUUGGUUUACUCAGGUAUGUAGCAUUAUUUUUCCUGAUUUUAUUACGUCUUAAUCAUUGCAGUUUUUAAUAACUUUUUCUACUAAUGUAAACUUCCUAUUUUUUUAAUACACGCCUCAAUUUUAAAGAACAUUUCUCGCGUGUACCUCGCUCUCGUACAGCUGAUCAGUCAUAUGAUUUUUUUUUUGUCUUGAAGGUGGUGGAACGACGUAAUGAAGCCUAUGGCUAUUCCCAGCAUGCACGAGGAACACACUUCUCUCGCGAGAAUCUCGAUGCGAUCAACAGGGAACAAGCGGAACGUGCGAGUUCUCGAUCCGAGUCACAUAGAUCCUCGUCUCCAGCUGAAGAAAGAAAGAGAGACCGAGAUUUCAUGCCACGACCCAGACCAAGGAGCGCUUCGCCACCGCGAAGACGCGAGGCAUGGGCCGAGGAGCGUGAGCACUUACCGAGACGGUCCGACGACAGACGAAUGAGUUUGGGAACAGACGCGACUUCUGAUGACGACGAAAUGGUUCUCGAGCGAGGCCGAUCCCCAACUCCGGAGCUUCGGGAUACGAGGAGCUCCCGACGACACCACCUCGAUAUAACAACGAACAUCUUGAAUGACAGCUUUGAAAAGUCGCUGUCCUUUUCCAAGAAGAAGAAACCUUCGCAAGGGGUUCGAAAUGGAUCUACCACUCCACCAAAUGAAAAAAGAGAUAUCAGACCAGUAAGUCCUGCCUCCAGUGUUGGUUUAGGAGAUGACGCAAGAUCAUAUACACCUCCGCGUAAGGUUGAACGACCCCGUCCGGACGCCUCUGGUAACGGUUCAAUUGUUAGCGCGGGGGGAGGUGUAGGGGAAGGAGACGAUGACGUCCUCUCCGUGUCCGCCAUGUCCAGUCGAGCUUCCACGGCGUCUGAAACCCUUGAACGAGCAAGAAAACGGCGAGAUGAGUUUUGGAAAAAAGAAAACACAUCAAGAUAGAACUUUCAGGGCCGAGUUUUUAAUUGACUAAACGAAAAACAAAAACACCCGGAUGAAAGAGUCUAGUUUUGAAAAUGAUUAGUAGUUUUGGUACGAGGUUCGAUUCAGACUUGAUACAGGGUGCCUUUUUUCAGAUAAUUGCUCUAACGAGUGUAAGUCACAAGCGUAUGUAAAUUCCAAAAACAAGCCUUACACGUCCUACGGGCGUGUCAGGGCUCGCGCGCUUCGACGAAAAUCUCACGCAGGCGCCUUGAAAGACCAAUGUUGAGGGGCAAAAACGACUGUUUUGCAGUCUUAAAGUAUCAAGGAUUAAGUUGCUUAAGAUUCAACCUUGGUCGUAAGGUGACGUUUGACGUUCAGACGCCAAUGAACCUCUGGUGCUAAAUAUCAACGACAAACAUCUUACGUUUUUUCGCAACUGACCUCAGAGUGUUAAGUCUGAACGGGACCUUGUUCUGUUGUGACUCAGUAAAUGCUUUAAUCUAGGAAUCUAACUAGAUGCAGCGUAAGGCGUAACGGCGCUGACACGAUAUCAUCCAUGAUAUGGUUUAACUUAACAAAGUGGCGCAUAGCCACAAGUCACGAGCCAUUUAUCUUACUUUGCCUUAGUGAAAAAAAGUUUAUCAAGUUGAUUUAGUCUCCAUUCUAGUCACACAUGUCAUUUUGAUCUACAGGUGAAAAAAAAGUGUAACCUCCGUUGAACUCGCGAGAAAAAAUAAAGAAGUGAGUAGAGCUUGCACAUGAAUAAAAAAUUACAACACUAAAACUUUAAAGGGGAAAAAACCUUCACAGCAUGUUUUAACAUUGUACUUAAGAACGUGUAUAAACUUGUAAAUAAGAACUUGUAUUCAAGAAACGGUUAAUAGCGUUCUUGGCAAGAUCUUCAAAGUUUUACGUUUUACCUCUUGUUUUAGAAAAUGGAAUGUGGUCAAAAAAUAUGCUUGUGGUUUCACUCAGUAUAAUCCUGGUCUUUCAUUGAACUGAUUACAUUCGACGCACUCCUCCCGGCGACCACUGCCGACCAGUUAAUAGUUACAGACAUCAUGUGAAACCGCGUUUAACUGUGACGUAACUGUGGCUAAAGCUCUCUAAUGGGUAUUACACUAGAUAUUUUGAAGUGCUAAAGGCUCGUCAACUUUUUUAAAAAUGUGAUAAGUAACAAACGCUUUUUUACCCGGCUACAAGUUCCCACGAAAACGACCUCUCUCGAUAAACACAUCAUUAGCC